AUGACUGGCGAUCCGCAUCCGAUUUUCCAAGUGCCCCCAUUUAGAACUCUGAGUAAGUUGCAUGUACAUGUCUGUAAGAAUGCGACUCAAAUCGUGACGUGCUUUGAUAAAAACUUACGGUACGCUAGAGUAACGGAACACACAUUUAAGAGCAAGCAUUUAGACAUUAAACAUAGUGAGCAUAGCAUUUUGAAUAAUUCAGGUACAUUAAUCGCAUUCUAUGGUUCCAAUGAUGUUGAGCUGUUCGAUAUGGAUGGUAAGAAGUCUUGCUUGCGCGUCGAGUUGGGCAUUAAGCAGGUAUUAUGGCAUCCAUUGGCUUAUCUAGAUUCAUGCCUUGUUGUGUUGACCAAGGAGAAUACUAUUGAAUUAUAUGAGCUAGCUAAGGCCAACUUCAUGUAUCCUACGGUUGUUUUGAAUGAAAAGCUUCCUCAGUUAGGUAUUUCCUCGCAUGUAUCUGAAAUUUGCAGUAUGGCAUUUUCACCAGAUGGGUUGACAUUAUAUCUACUGUCGUUAGAAGAAGGUGGCGAUGUCUAUGCACUACAUCCCUUAUUGCCAAGUCGGUUACGAAUUAAGCGUUCCUUCUGGGAAUCACAAUGGUAUAAGGCUACGGCAUUAUAUGAAUCAAUUGAUAAAGAUACUCCAAAUGAGAAGAAGAUUGCUAUGAUCGAGCAUUUUGACUUCGUCUCAAAGAUCUAUAAGAUGAUUGACAAGGACUCCGAGUUUUUCGACGUGAAUAUUCCAGAGCACAAAAGAAUGGUAACUCCACGGGGACCAUUUAGUAUUUAUGGUUUUCCUGAGGAGUUAUACAAUACCACAGCCACAAAACUAAUUACACUGCCGGUAAACGACGAGGGCGCAUACGUUCUAAUACUCAGUUUUGAUGAUGGGACUAUUUUGUCUUUGUUCCCAGAUAUAGAGUUGCUCAUGUCUUGGAGUAGAUCUCUAAACAACGCUUGCUCAUUUGUAUUAAUUGAAAAAUUCAGAGCUGGUGGUGAGAUAUUUGCUAUUGAAUCAGGUGUGGCUAUUCUUGAGAAGAAUAAUGCUCAUAUCGUAAGGUUCCCAUAUUUAAAGGCUCUUGGUGAGUGUAUCAAAGAAGGAGAUAUAGCUCCCAUGGUAGAUGUUAAAUUAACCUCAGAUAUUACUCCGUUAGCUGGUUCAUAUCAUACCGUGGUUACUUGGAACGAACCUUCGACCAAGGGGAUCUUGUUUAUUGGAAAUUCAGUUAUUCGAUCAAUACCUGAUGAUGUAGGUUUGAGUUCAUUUAAACCAAGGGUUGAUCCUGCUAUUUCACAGAAUGGCAAAUAUACUGUAUGCUUCCCGUCCACAAUGGAGGAACUAUUAAAAACUAAUAAGGCACUUCAACAUACGCUUCGUCAACCUCUUCCAUUGGUCCCUCUUGAACAAAAGAAUGUACCGUUGAAUAGCGAGUUUAAUGAACAUCAGUUGGCCACCCUCACCAAAAUUAGCACAGAAGUUAUGGAUAGAAUCAUUCUCGCCCAGUCAUUGGGGUAUCUAAUGUACAACCGAGCAGCCACACAACAAUUUGAACUGUGUCGCCAACUAGAAACAGUCAGUAAACUGAAUGACAGAAGUGUGACCUUGAAGCAAAAUACCAAGUCAUUGACUUGCAGGCUUGAUUCAGUGUCCAAAAAAGACAUCGCUCUCAGAAGUAGGCUCGAAAAACUUCAACAGUCGUUAGAUAAGGUUAACGAAAGCCCAAAAUUCAACGAACUCCCGCUUAGUAUGAAAGAGAGGGCCUGGUUCAGAGAGUUGAAAAAUGAUGUACUCGCAUUCAACGAGUACGUACUCCAAAAUAGUAAGCUGUGCGAAGAACUAAAUUUUCUGAAAAAGGAAUUAGAACUGAUAGAAUCCAAUCACGGCAACAUCCCUAACGAAGAGCUCUUUAAUUUUGAAAAACUCCAGGACCUUUUGACGUUGGACUCAAAGAUGAUUGGAGAUUGUAAUGAUCAGUUGCUCGCUGCUGCAAAGGACUUGGAAAAUAAGCUAUAUAUCUGA